AUGAACGACAACCUAUACAACGGCAUUAAACAUUACUUGGAGACACUCGAAUACCCACCGAAUACCACAACAGCGUUAAAGAAGACGAUUACAAGUCAAAGUCGACUUUACUUCAUGAAAGGCGAACAACUCUAUCGGCGAGGAUCACAAACGCGAUUAGUUGUCACCAAAGAUCAAGUCAAUGGCAUCAUUUGGAGCGAACAUCAACAUCCUUUGGCGGGACAUUACAAAUUCAAGAACACUCUGGAUCGUAUACGACGGCGUUACAGGAUUUCCCAAAAGAAGUGGAACAUGAGGAUAAUGAUUUCGUGGUUAAGGUAUCGCCUUUUGAAUUGGUGGGUGGUGCCUUUUGAAUUGGUGGGUGACGCUUUUGGUUUCGUGGGCACAGCUUUCUAUUUCGUGGAGGAUGACUUUAAUUUUCGCGCAGGAUGA